AUGAGCGAGAGCAGGAGGCUUUCCGAGCCGUCCGUCUCGUGGGACCAGAAGAUGCCGUGGGACUCGUGGGCUCCGGACUCCUUCAGCCGGGCCCACGAUCUACCGCCGAUCCACUUUGGAGACGGUCCUCCUUACAGCGAAGAUGAAGAUUUACAGAGCCCGGUCGUCUCCACGAGACACCGCAAGCACAAGUCGACCUCGUCGGCUCUCAAUACGCAUAGGGGGCGCACUGGUCGUGACCACGACAGGAGCUCCCUCAUCAGCUCCAGCUACGACGAUAGCCAGAGCUACUAUCUGGGCAUUGGUGGAGAUGGGAGUGAGCGGUACUACGUGAGCCACGGAGGCGAAGCCAACGGACCCGGCGGUGAGCUCGUUACCUAUCCGCCUGACCAAGCGCACCAUAGCCACGCAUACCAGUAUUCGCAGCAACUUGGCCACGGCAUGCAAGGCUACGAGUCCGAUCACUCCAGCAGCUCAUCCUCGCCGGGAGGGCCAGAAGGCGAUCAAUCACGCUAUUCACGAGAUUACCAAUUCACAAUUACAUCUCCCGACGAAGAGUUUCAUGGUAAGGCCGUGGCUCUGUUCGACUUUGAGCGAGAAAACGAGAACGAGCUACCCUUGGUGGAAGGCCAAAUCAUCUGGGUGUCAUAUCGUCAUGGCCAAGGCUGGCUGGUUGCAGAAGACCCAAAAACACAGGAGAGUGGCUUGGUCCCAGAGGAAUAUGUCCGGCUGCUCCGGGACAUUGAAGGCGGCAUGAACAGUCUUACAGGAGCCCUCGUCGACGCGUCGGGAUCCCCCAACGAUGCCGGCACUCCUACCCAGCCAGAACACGGCAGCCAGUCUGGCCAUACUCCCACACAGAGCACUUCCACCAACGGAUACCACCAGCCAGUCGUCUCCAUGUUUUCCACCUCGAGCAAGGACCUCAACCCCUAUCCCACGGAACAGCUUGGCAUUCAAGCUGGCCAAGCCCCACCUCAAGUUGUUCACUAUCACGGACAGAGAGGCGGUAGCCAGAUGAGCACACCUACACUGAACCAGCUCUUGGAAUCGGAAGCGCCGAGAAGAGCGAGCCAAGACGCGGAGACGAAGUUGGAUUCUGGCUCCACGAGGGCACAAGAUGAGCAUGAUGAGAAGCCCACAGAUACCCAGGUGUCGGACGAGAAGCUGGAGACGGAGCGGUGA